CGCUCGGCCAAUCAGAGGCGGCGGUGCGAUGCUCGGCACUUGUAUAAAAGCAACGCGGAGGCGGCGCGGGCGGCAGGAAUGAGCGACAACCGACGUCUCCACAGCGACUCGUCGUCCGCCGACUCGCUCCAGCUCGGGAUCUAUUUCUACACCUAGCAGAAGGUCUUUGGGUAGGGUCCAACAAAAUGGCUACGUCGACAAGUUCGAGGCUGAACAAAGCUGUGAAGCACCAAUACAUGAGCCUCCCCCAGGGGGACAAGGUCCAGGCCAUGUACAUCUGGAUAGAUGGGUCCGGAGAGGGACUCCGCUGCAAGACCAGAACCCUGGAUUCUGAGCCCAAGACGAUUGAAGACCUUCCCGAGUGGAACUUUGACGGCUCCAGCACCUUCCAGUCGGAGGGCUCCAACAGCGACAUGUACCUGAUCCCCGCGGCCAUGUUCAGGGACCCGUUCAGGAAGGACCCCAACAAGCUGGUGCUCUGCGAGGUGCUCAAGUACAACCACAAGCCAGCAGAGACCAACCUGCGCUCCACCUGUAAAAAGAUCAUGAGCAUGGUGGAGAACAACCACCCGUGGUUCGGCAUGGAGCAGGAGUACACUCUCCUGAGCACCGACGGACACCCGUUCGGCUGGCCCUCCAACGGCUUCCCGGGUCCACAGGGGCCUUAUUAUUGUGGAGUGGGAGCGGAUAAGGCCUAUGGCAGAGACGUCGUGGAGGCACACUACAGAGCCUGCCUGUACGCUGGGGUUGAGAUCUGCGGAACCAAUGCUGAAGUCAUGCCAGCUCAGUGGGAGUUCCAGGUUGGGCCUUGUGAAGGUAUAAACAUGGGGGACCACCUGUGGGUCGCCCGCUUCAUCCUUCACAGGGUGUGCGAGGAUUUCGGUGUGGUGGCGUCCUUCGACCCCAAGCCCAUCUCAGGGAACUGGAACGGCGCCGGCUGCCACACCAACUUCAGCACAAAGGAAAUGCGAGAUGACGGCGGACUGAAGGUCAUCGAAGAGUCUAUCGAAAGACUGGCAAAGAGGCAUAGAUAUCACAUUCGGGCCUACGACCCCAAAGGCGGGCUGGACAAUGCCAGGCGCCUCACCGGUCGGCACGAAACGUCGAACAUAGACGAGUUCUCGGCCGGCGUGGCCAAUCGCGGCGCCAGCAUCCGCAUCCCCCGGGCGGUGGGGCACGACAAGAAGGGCUACUUCGAGGACCGCCGUCCGUCCGCCAACUGCGACCCGUACGUCGUCACCGAGGCCCUGGUGCGCACAUGUUUACUCAGAGAAGAAGGAGAGGAGCCCACAGAAUACACCAAAUGAACAAGUCUAAUUCAAAAAACCCAUUGAUGGUACUGUUUUUUUGAUCCUUGUCAUUUUCAAGACUCGAGGGAUUGAUCUUUCCAUUUCUGAUUAAAAAAUUUUUUACUUGAGCGAUGUAAUAAUGAGGCAUUCUUUGUGCUCGCAGAAAUUCUUUACCUCCGACGUAAACACUGCCUUUCUGUCAAUUCAACUCAUUCUGUCAUGGUAGCUGAUAAUUUGCUGAGAGGUGCAUGACUAUGUAAUGUGUUAAACUUUGUACGAUGAAAAGUUUGUAUAACUCCGACCCGAAAAGAUCCCAAAGGAGUUUGAAUGUUCUGAGCAGUCAUGGCCGCUGUGACAAUGGUGGCUCUUAUCAUGUUGUAGAUAGUUGUGGUUAUUAUGUAAGCCAAUCUACUUUUGUAUGUUUAUAAUCCUACAUUUGUUCCAUUCAUGAUUGUCACUUACUAAAAACCUUUAAUAAAUACAUAACAUUUUUACAA